AAUUCAAAAAUGCCACGACAAAAGGGUGCCAAUGAUGAACCCCCAAGUGAUGAUAUUGGUUGGAAAUUUGGAACUCAAGUUGAAUGCACUAGGCAUCAUAUUAUUUGCAAAUUUUGUGAACAUCACAUUAAAGGUGGGAUUACGCGUUUCAAACAACAUUUAGCACAUCAAACAAGACAAGUGCAUUCUUGUCCUAAUGUUAGUAGAGACGUGAUGCAAGAAAUGAUGAAACAUUUACAAAAUAAGAAAAUGAGUAAAGCAGACAAGCAAAAGAGAAAAGCUGAAUUUGAAGCACAUAUUAGGGGAGAUGAUCUCUAUGAUGAAAAUGAAGGGGGAGAUUUUGUAGAUCUUCGAGAUGAUGACUCUGACUCUGAUCCAGAGAUGACCAGGGCUAGACAAGCAAGUAUUUGUUCACAACAACAAUGGGAGGAAAUGCAACAAUUUAGGCGAGGUGUUGCAGGUCAUGGAUCACAAUACGAUGCAGGUGGUAGUUCUGGUGCAGGGGGUAGUGCUCAAAGAAUGCCAAAAGGGUCAGGUAUUGCUAAUGUUUUUCGUCGAUCACAUUCUGUGCGUGAAACUGGUGGGAGUGGACGUAAUUGGAUUAAGCCCAAUGCUCCUGAAGCAAGGUUGAGGGCAAUGGAUGUAGAACUCCAAAAGAGCAAGAGUACAAAGCAGCGAAAAAUCUCUACAAUAAAUUUACAGAAGUUAAAGGAGAGAUUGGGAUGGGCACUGUCCAAGUUUAUACUCUAUAAUCGUAUUCCAUUCAAUACAGUUGAUUCAGAGUAUAUACAACCCAUGCUUGAUGUUGCUGUUGAAGUAGGGCUAGGAGUAAAGGGUCCUAGUGCUUAUGAAGUUUCUGAAGUAUAUUUGGGCAUGGAGCAUGAUGAAAUGACAGAAUGGAUAGGAUCAUUCAAGGGAAUUUGGGCAGAGAGAGGUGUAUCCAUCAUGUGUGAUGGUUGGAGCAGUCUAACUCGGCAACACAUCAUCAACUUCUUAGUGUACUGCAAUAAAAGUACUAUAUUUCACAAAUCAAUUGAUGCCUCUAAUAUUAUUAGUAGGACUGCUGAAUAUUAUUUUGGGUUGUUAGAUAAAGUUGUUGAUGAAAUUGGAGAACAAUACGUUGUUCAAGUGGUAACUGAUAAUGAACCUGCACUGAAUGCUGCCGGUAAAAUGCUAAUGAGAAAAAUGAAACAUUUAUAUUGGACAGCUUGUUCAACACAUUGUAUCGAUCUCAUGCUAAAAGACAUAGCCAAUAAGAAAAGUGUAGCAAAGGUGAUUGAAGAUGGUAAAACCAUCACCAAUUUCAUUUAUAAUAGUGGAUGGGUGUUGGAUUUAAUGAGAAAAUUCACUGGAGGUAAAGAAUUGAUUCGACCUGCCAUCACUUGAUUUGCUACAAAUUUUAUUGCCAUUGAGAGUAUUGUUAGAUAUAAACAACAAUUGAGAGCUAUGUUUAAUAGUGAUGAGUGGAAGAAUUCUAGAUGGGGGAAGGCAAAGACUGGGCAGCCUUACAAUGUGAAAAAAAUUAUUUUGGAAAAGGAGUUUUGGCAGAAAGCAACAGAGUUGUGUAUAGUUCAUGAGCCCCUAGUCAGAGUAUUAAGGUUGGUUGAUGGGGAUGAGAAGCCAACAAUGUGUUUUAUAUAUGAAGCUAUAGAUAGAGCAAAGUUGGCAAUUAAAAGAGAUUGUCACUACUACACCGAGUAUUGGAAAAUUAUUGAUACUCGAUGGUCUUUUCAAUUGCAUCAAGAUUUGCAUGCGGCUGGUAAGCGUUACGAUUUCAAUUAUAAAAUGUAUAUUUAUUUACAAUUAUUAAUUGUCUUCUUAUUUUUGAAGGAUAUUUUUUAAAUCCUCAAUUCUAAUAUGGUGUUACCUCAUCCAAUGAAAUGAUAAGAGAAGUGAUGGAUGGACUUAAAAAAGUAAUUACCAGACUGGAGCCUAAUAUGGAUGCUCAAGUGAAAGCAACAAAUCAAGAAACUUUUGGUACUCCUUUAGCACAAAGAGCAUGGAAACAAUCAAAUCCAGCUGAGUGGUGGAUUAUUCAUGGCAGUUGUGCUCCUGAACUUCAAAAAAUAGCUGUGAAAGUAUUAAGUCAAACCACCACAUCAUCUCACUGUGAACGUAAUUGGAGUACUUUUAGUCUCAUCCAUACGAAGACGAGGAAUAGAUUGAAAUAUAAGAAAAUCCAAAGAUUAGUCUUCAUCACCUACAACAUGAGAUUAAAAUUGAGACAUGUUAAAAGAAGCAGCCAAGAGGAGAUUGAUAGGAGUUUUAAUCCUAUUAACUUGGAUUAUAUAUUUGAAGAAGAUGAUCCAAUAAGUCCAUGGAUAGAAGAAAGGGAAAAUCCUUUGCUAGAUGGUGUGGAUAAUUCUGAAUGGCUAGAUUUGGUCUCAGAUGAUGGUGG